AUAUAUAUAUAUAUAUAUACACACGCACACAUUCUUAUAUAUACACACAGUAUAUACAUACGCGCACACCUCAGUACGUAUGUAGAUGUGUGAAGCCCUGAACAAACAAACGUAAUCAUGCUGUCAACUAACUUAGAUCACAACAGUUCGAUGAGAGAGAAAGAAAAGAACUGCAUGGCAGCCACUACUUCCAUUACCAAUAACAACACCAUCAGCGAUUGUCACAACAUUAAUGACCAUACCAGCCACAACACCGAUGUUAGUUGUAGCAGGUGGCAGUCGGGUUAUUUUACCAACAGGAGUAUACUGAAUAUAUUGGUUCUCGUUCUGGUGUCCAGUUGGUGUUUGUCCAGCUGCCUGGUUACGGCCAAGUCGUUGAAUAUGGAUACUGUCGAUAACCUGGCCGUACCUGACCACUUGGACGGUGUGAAAAUGGAACAAGAUGGCCAUUUAAACCAGAGGUUCCGACAGGAAAUAUUCAUGGGAGACCUGGAGGAUUUGGACGAAAUGCCGUAUGAGGCUCGACGAGCUAAACUUGAUGAAGUCUUUGAGAAGGCUGAUACUGAUAGUGAUCAAUACCUUGACUUGAAAGAACUGGAAGAAUGGAUACAGCGAAAACUAGAAGAACAUUUAGAUGAAGCUUCCAAUGAAACGGAAAAGAUGUUUGCAUAUCUUGAUUCAAAUAAAGACGGUUUUGUUGACUGGGAAGAAUACUUUCGCAAGUAUUUGGAGGCCCGAGAGUACAACAAACCAAUGAUUGACAAUUAUGUGAAAAAGCUUGGUGGUCUGGACUUUAACGAGACUCUUUUGGAAUAUAUUCCACUGAAAAAGACUGAAGACAGAGCCGUUUUGAUGAGGUACCAGAACCGUUGGUAUGAUGCUGACGAAGACACCCAGGACAACAAACUAACCAAGGAAGAGUUUCUUAAGUUCCGUCACCCUGAGCACCGUGAGGACUCUACACUAGAGAUGGCUGAGAGUAUUCUUAACAGCCUUGAUAAGAACAGAAAUGAGAAGUUGACAGUGGAUGAAUUUAUUGCCCUACCCCCAGGAAUCGUGUCUGAAACUGAAGCUAAAGACGACCGCCAAUGGCAAGAUGAACGAAAAUAUGAAUUUGAGAAUUACAUUGAUUCCAACAAAGAUGGCAUUGUCGAUGUGGUGGAAUUAAAGCACUAUCUUAACCCUCGUAACCCAGUCCAGAUAAAGAAUGAAGCUGUGGCCAUCCUCGAGAUGAUAGAUGAUAAUAAUGAUAAACACCUGUCCAAGGAAGAAGUCCUGCACCAUGAAUCUGAGUUUAUCUCCAGCAAAAUGGUAGAGAUUGCUAGAAACUUCCAUGAUGAAUUUUAGAAGCCGAACAAAAAUUUUCCAGUUUUUUCAACUUUUUUUUUUUACUAAAAUCUAUUACAUAUCUGUUUGAGACUUUGCUUUCAACAAAAGAUCAUAUAUAUGCAUAAAUACACACACACACUCACACAACAGACAUGCAUAUAUAUGUUUAUAUAUAUAUAUGCAUACAUACAUACAUCUCUGUAUGCAUUUAAAUUUAUAUUUAUAUAUAUAUAUAUAAAUAGAUCUGUAUAUAUCAAA